AUGGUUUCAGCAGUAGAUAAUUCAGUUAUAAAAUUAAAAUUAGCAUUAUGUUGUUUAAAACGAUAUUUGUUAUAUAAUAAAAUUAAGCAUAUUGAAAUAUCCUCCACAAUCCCCAAAAAAAGAAGAAAAAGAAAAAAAAAAUUAGCCGACCGAAAUAAUUAUUAUGAAAAUGAUGAUAAUGUUGAUAAUGAUAAUGAUGAAAAUGAAAAUGAAAAUAAAAAUGAUGUAAAUAACAGCAUAGAUAAAAAUAAUAAUAGAAAAAAUGUACAAAUAAAAACCAUAUAUUUUAUAAGACAUAGUGAAUCAAUAUGGAAUAGUGUUUUUAAUAGGAGAUUAACAACAAAAAAUUUAUUAAAUAUAUUAUUAGUAUUCUUACAUGAAAUCAUAUUUCUAUUUAGUAAAAGGUCAGGACUAAUAGAUUCCCCUUUAAGUAAAAGCGGAAUAAAACAAUCAGUUGAACUAUCAAAUUUUUUAAGUGGAGAUAUUAACAGAAAUUCAAAUGAUAAUCUGUUGUGCAAUUCAAAACAGAUAAAACACAUGAAAAAAAUGAAGAAGUUGAAACUAUUGAAACAAUUGAAACAAUUGAAACAAUUGAAACAAUUGAAACAUUUUAAACAAUUGAAACAUUUUAAACAACUGAAACAAUUGAAACAAUUGAAACAAUUGAAACAAUUGAAACAACUGAAACAAUUGAAACAACUGAAACAAUUGAAACAAAUGAAAUAUUUGGAAAAUGUUGCAAGGAAUGUAGAUCCUAGUAACCCUUCCACUUAUGCUAAAGAGGAUAGUAACACAUCCACAGAUGAAGAAGAGGCGUAUCUUGAAGGAGCAGUAAGAACACGUGAUAGGGGUGAUGGUGCUAUAAAUAGGGUUAGGAAUAAUAACACAGAAAAAUAUAGAGAGGCACAAAAAGAAAGCACAAUAAACGGGGAAAAAGUGGAUAAAGAAGAAGGUACCAACAGUAAGGUGGAUGAAGAAGACACAUAUAGUGAAAUGGAUGAAGAGGACUCGGACAGUGAUGUGGAUGAAGAAGAUAUAAAUAGUGAAAUGGAUGAAGAAGAUAUAAAUAGUGAAAUGGAUGAAGAAGAGACAAAUAGUGAAAUGGAUGAAGAAGAGACAAAUAGUGAAAUGGAUGAAGAAUACACAAACCAUGAAAUGGAUGAAGAAGGCUUAAAUAAAGAAAUGAAUAAAGAAGAUACAAAUUGUAGAGUAGAUGAUACAAGAACAAAAUAUAGAGAAGGUGGUUCAAGAAUGAAAUGUAGUAGAGGCCGUGUUGAUAGAACUAAUUAUAGAGGUCUUGUUGGAAAAAUACGUUAUAAUAGAGACCGUGAUACAUCCUCUGUACCUAAUACAUAUGAUGCAUUAUCAACUGAUGGUGAUAGUUAUAUGAAUACCGAUUGUGAUGAUGGGGAUAUGAUUAUGAUAGAAUUACCCAAUGUAAAAUGUAAUGCUAGUUAUAAUAAUAAAUGUAAUAAAAAGUAUAAUAAAAAAGAUGAAAAUUCACAGCAAAGAAAACAUAGAAUAGAGAGAAGAAAUACGAAUAGGAGUAGUAACACAAGUAAUGAAAUUCCAACGAAGGGGGAUAAUAAUAACAUCUGCACAGAAAAUUCAAAUGAUGUAGAAAAUGAAAGUUCCAUAAAAUGUGCAGUUAACGAAAAAGAACGAACGGAAAAAUACAAUCAUGAAGAUAUAAAGAAAAUGAAUGUACAAGAUCAUAUAGAUAUUUUGAAUAACGCAAAAUAUAAGAGUGUAUUGUUAUGCUCAGAUUUAAGAAGAGCUUUAUCAAGUUGCCUAAUUUCAUUUCAUAAAAGAAUAAAUAAAUAUGAUGAACCUAUUAAUGUUCUAAAUUCUUUGCAAGAAAUUAGCAGAAAUCCUGAUUCAAUUCCAUUAUAUAAUUUUUAUGAAAAAUUUGAUAUUGCUAAUGUUAAAAAGUUUUUGCAUAAAGAUAUAGUUGAUUUAAUUGAUGAAAAUGUAAAACUAAGAAGAAAUUAUUCCCAAAAUAGAUUCUUAGAUACCUUGUCAUAUAUAUUUAAUAAUGAGAAUGAUAUUUUCAUUAUUUUCGGUCAUAGUUUAUGGUUUCUAAACUUCUUUAAAAUAUUCUUGAACUAUCCACACACGGCAAAAAAUCGCAAAAUGAAAAAUGCUAGUGUAGUAGUUUUCAGUAUUUAUAAAUAUGAAGAGGAUAAUACGCAAAAGUACGAAAUCGAUAAGGACAGUAUUCAGGUUGUGUACAAAGGUUUCGAGCAAAAAGUGUAUAACAAGGACUGA